AUGUCUAGUUGGGAAACCGCAGCCCUUCGGUUACACAGCAAUGUGGCCGCCGACUCAACACCGAGCUCGUCUCACAAGAGUCUACCACCAUUACCAAAACAAAAGACCAAGAUAGGGACUGUUGCAGAUGUGAAGGAAGUUCCCGGGGAAGAGGAAUCUACCAAGAUAAAAGGAUGGAAACCACUCUCACUCUCGACACCGAUUCUACUUGCUGUAAUCGCCCUUACGAUCCUCCUCGCCAUCGCUGUUGAAACGCUAGCACAACGAAGUGCCUCUCAAGGUGGCCUGGCUCUGUCUCCUUCACUCAAAGAUAUGCCCGAAUACGCCAGGAUUAGCUACCUCUAUGCCCCAACCAUCAUCGCCGUGUUGUACAGUAUGAUAUGGAGUUGGAUCGACCUUGAUGUCAAGCGAAUGCAGCCAUGGUUCGAAUUGUCAAAACGAGAUGGAGUUACCGCCGAGAAUUCGCUUUUCCUGGACUAUCAGUACGACUUCGUUGGCCUCGUCCCCUUCAAGGCUGCGAAACAAAGACACUGGCCCGUUUUCUUUGGGGGUACUGCUAUGGUAAUGGUCUUUUGGUUACUUACUCCCUUGCAGAGUGCAUUGCUUGGAACAGAAGUUGUCACUCGAGUCGAACCUGGGACGAUUGGAAUUCGAUCGCAGUUGCUUCCGGUCGAAGACCACAUGUUACGCUUGGAUCCCGAAUUUCUGAAUCAUGGUUAUGCUACCGGAUGGCUGGGGCAGCCAUUUCCCCCAUUCAUGACCUCCAAAUAUGCACUGCUCCCCUUCUAUAUCGACAGCGAUGAGACAAUUCCCGGUACUGAGACUAAUUGGACGGCUGAAACAACAAAGUUGUCUACAGAGCUGAACUGCUGGUCAGCAGACAUAUAUAAUCAACGUGAACAACCCGAGACGACUGGGCGUGAGUUCUUGGAUGGUAAAGGCUGCAAUGUGACCCUCAGCAUGCUGACGAUUAUGGACUUUUCCAUGUACUAUGUUGGAUAUUACUCAAACCCCUAUGCCGACUACUGUUUGGGUAGCCCUAGCUGCCGAACGAAAGACGCCCCUCACCAGUUCCUGGCAGUCUGGGUUCAGGGCGACAGAGUACCUGGCAAGACGCUUCCGAAUUACAACAUCACAGGUUUAUUCUGCCAGCCGACAUAUUACAAACAACGGGUUCUCGCCAAGGUCAAAUCAUCAACAUAUGAGCCAGACACCGAUACGAUAGAAGCCAUUUCUGACAGGGAAAUUCUUACGGACAAGGAGUUCAAUUCGACUACAUUCGAAUACCUUCUUGCCAAUGGUGUGACAGAAAACAUUCCUGUUAGGGAUUACCCUUUCACCACUGUUGUUGAACAACACCCCCGGCUCAAUGGGACAGGUUUGGCUCUGCCAGUUUCUAACAUGGUCGGCUAUGCACUGGCUGGCCGUGAUGUUCCAACGACAGACUACUCCUCGCCCGAUUUUCUUGCAAAGGUCUAUAACGAGGCACACCAAUAUCUGUUCUCUCUAGCAGUCAACCAACUGCUUGUAAAUGAGACAAAAAUGGCGAACAAUACUGCGACUAUUGAUUUCGAACUGACAGGCGUUGUAGUCAGCAGGGUGUUCGCUACCUGUGUUGAGAGUUUGCUAGCAGUCGUUGCAUUAUUCACGGCUUGCAUAUUGUGGUUGUGCAGAGCUGCCCCAAGUAAUUUACCGAUGAACCCAUCAUCUAUCACCAGAUACAUCGACAUCUUUCGAAAUAGUCCAGAACUGCUAGAAUCAUUUUCAUCCAUGGACAAUGCCACUGAGGAAGCUCUGUUCGAAGACUUCCGACAAGACAAUGUUCGACUCCUUCUUGAUUCGAAAUCAAACAGCACCCAGGUUUUUCUCGACAAAUUUAUACAACGCUCAUCAGACUCCCAAAGCAGGAUUCAUGGCUCCCCAAAGGGCUAUUAUGAUCCCAUCCGACCCUUGGCUCUGAGACAAUGGAGCGGCCUACUCUUCGUGCUGGCUUUGGUGGGUGCAAUGGUAGGACUCUCGUAUCUCAAAGAACAGGAGAAGGCGUUGAACGGAUUGCCCCGUCCAUCACAAAAUUUUGAAGUGCUGCAAAUUUUAGAGAACUAUAUACCGACGGCUUUUGCCACGUUAGUUGAGCCAUUUUGGGUACUCUUGAACCGUCUUUUGUGUGUUCUACAACCUUUCAGAGAUCUCUGGAAGGGAAAGGCCAAGGCUUCCUCGACAGUGGAUGCUACUUACACUUCAAUCCCCCCUCAGCUUGUUCUAUGGAGAGCAAUCAAGUCAAAGCACAUGAUUCUUGCACUAGUCUGUGCGAUGGCUCUCUUGGCUAAUCUUCUCGCUGUUGGGUUGGGUUCUCUCUUCAAUGAAGCCCCGAUGAUAGCAGGAUACGCAGAGAACCUGGUACCAGCAUACGCGCCCAAGUUUGACAACGACUCAGUCAAUACAUUCAGUAUGUUCUUGAGCUCAAAUCUUAUAACGACUCAUUUGUACCAGGAUCAAUACUAUGUCGCCAUGGCCAACAUGUCUUCCGGGACGCCUCUUCCACCUUGGGUAUCAAAGGACUACUACUUCCAUCGACACAAAAUUGAUCCGUCUCGGAAUAAACAUACAGGGGACGUGUACAAUCUCCAAGCUCGCGGCUAUGGGUCCAGGGGCAACUGCACCGGCUGGCCCACACGGCGGCUCCCACUUGCAAACGGAGAGGAUUUCGACAAGAAUGGGGCGUUCGUGGAUGUUCCAGAAGAUCAUUGCCCGGACCUAGUCGACUACGCCAGCCGAAGACUUCGUGAUUCAAGUACUGAUCACUCUGUUGGUCUUUCUGCUAUAGAACUUUCUGGCACUAUAGGCUCCAGAUCAGGACCUCAACCGUGUGGGAGAUCAUUAAUACUGGGAUGGGGUCGCAUGCCCACUGCAGAGGAUGUCAACUCCACCCUGGAUUUCAGCUUCAUGAAAUGCCGUCCUGUAUUUGAAACAGCAAUGUUCAAUUUAACGGUAGAUAUGGAAGGUCAUGUUAUCUCAUACAACAGAACGAGCGAGCUUGAAGCCACACUGGACAACCCUGAUUCAGAAGCACAGUCUGAUAUUAUCUUCCAAGUCACUAAUCAGUAUUGGAACAACCCCAGACUUCAAUUUCACAACGAUACGACGAUUCGGGAUUGGAUGAGUUAUUUGAUCAUGGCUUCUACGAACGGGUCCAGGGCUAUUGUAGACCCAAAGAGUCCUGUGCCCGAUCCCAAAAACCUUCUUCCUUAUGUUGAAGACAUCUAUAGAAGGGUCUUUGCAAUUAUGCUGAGCCUGAACGAGCAAUUAUUCGACCACAGCCAGGAGGAGAAACCAACAGCAGUCACCCGAAAAACACAAGAAAUCCGUAUAUUCAUGGAGGACGCCUCUUUCAUUAUUACAAUGACAAUUCUAGCCAUCAACACGUGCGUGGCUCUGCUAUUUUAUAGCAGAGCUGUUCCAUCGGUCCUCCCUCGCAUGCCUACGACCAUUGGCUCUGUCCUGGCAUAUGUCGCUUCCAGUCGGCUUGUAUCUCCUGCUUUCAAUCUCACCCCUGGGAACUCGACGCGAACGUUCAGCUUUGGUAGAUAUAUCGGACGGGACAAGGAUGUGCAUAUUGGUAUCGAAAUGGACCCUCAUGUUGUUCCUGUCGAUCCCCAGUCACUCAAACCGAAGGAAAAUAGUAUCGGUCGCUUGUUCUUCAGAAAAAAGAAAUCGAAGGAAAGAAGAGUCUCAGAUGGAACUUGGCUCUGA